CGUUCUUUGCUCUCUUUCAUUCAGCCGACCUUUACUGUUCCCACACACGUGCUUUCAGAACAGCCAAUUUGUGUUUUUUUUCAUCCUGCGAGUUGUGUAAGAAAAGUAAACAUUUGGCUUCGAAAAAAAAGUUUCAGAUUUGGUCCGAAGUAGCUUUUGGAGAAGCUUAUGUCAGUGCGUGGGAAGUGGGAACACAGAUGUUUACCAUGCCCUCAAAGCCAUCUUUUAUGCGUCUGAACAGAAUGUUAUUCCCAAUGGGCCUGCUGCUGACGCUGCUGCUGUGUGUUAACGCUGCAGAGAUGGAGACGACCUCAGACGGGCUGGAGGUGAAGGAGCACACUCGGAUUGUUGCCCAGCACAAUAGGCUACGUAGCAGGGUUCAACCCAUGGCAGCUAACAUGCAGAAAAUGGAGUGGAGCGAGAGGCUGGCCUUAUUGGCGAGGCAGAGGGCGUCGUCCUGCCAACCCAACGCCUCCCGCUACGACUCGCCGCCCUUCCACCACACGGGCUGGAACACGCGCGUCAGCGCGCACGGAGCCACCUCCUUCUCUGAGGUCGUCCUCCGCUGGUUCGAGGAGGGGCUGCGGUAUGCCUACCUGGGGGCACGGUGUGGAGAGAACGCCACCUGCCAGCACUACAAACAGUUGGUGUGGGCCACUUCUAGUCAGCUGGGCUGUGCCAGACAAGUUUGUGUGAGAGAGCAGGACCGUAGCUGGGACUUCUACGUCUGCUCAUACUCCCCUGGGGGGAACUGGGAGGUGAACGGCGUGGCGCUGGUCCCCUACAGGGCGGGGGAGGCCUGCUCCCUCUGCACCUCGCCCAUGUCAGGCUGCUUCAGGCUGUGGGACCACGGAGGAGGACUGUGUGAGGUCCCUAAGAACCCGUGUCGAAUGAGCUGCGGUCAACACGGCCACCUGAACGUCUCGUCCUGCAAGUGCCGCUGUGACCCCGGCUUCACGGGGAUCUUCUGCCAGGUGCGAUGCAGUGUUCAGUGCGUGCACGGCCGCUACAGGAAGGAGGAGUGCUCAUGUCAGUGCGACCUGGGCUACGGCGGGCCCGAGUGUGCAGAGAAGCUGCAAUUCCCUCUGCGCAGCUGCAGUGUCCGGAUAGACGGAGACUGCUUCAUGGUGUCCCCAGGGGCAGACACCUACUACGCUGCCAAAGGCCACUGCCAGGAACGUGGAGGGAUGCUCGCUCAGAUCCACAACCAGAAGGUCCAGGAUAUCCUGGCCUUUUACCUGGAACAGCUGGAGACCAGCAAUGACGUCACCCACUUGGACUUUGAGACGCGAAACUUCUGGAUAGGUCUGACGUAUAAAUCUCUGAAGGACUCUUUCCGCUGGGACACCGGAGAGCCGCUGGUUUUCAACAGCUUCGCCUUCGGACAGCCGGACAACCAGGGGUUCGGGAACUGUGUGGAGCUGCAGGUGUCCAGCGGCUUCAACUGGAACGACCAGCGCUGUAAAACACGGAACCGCUACAUCUGUCAAUACGGUCCUCAUCACGUCACCCUGUGGAAUGUUGGUGGAUAAACAAGGCGCAGAGACGCUCUGGAACCACGUGACGUAACCCAUGAGCCACCUGCGGUAACUUCUCCUAAACCUGUGUUUUCACUGUUAAACCGGCCAAGAUUCAACCACUUAUUGAUGAGUGAUCACUGAUCAGUGCACCGGGUGCACUUGUU